CAUUCGAAAACAGUGCGUCUGGUCUGAGCAAGAGAAAUUGAGAGAGAGUAAACUUGAACGAGAUGCGAAUGUUUUGCGUUCUGUAGCGGUGUCGUUUCCAGAAGAGCAGGGGGAGUACGGCCAGUGCAUAUUUUUCCAUUCAAAGGUGUGUGCCUCCCCCCCACGCCCCACCACGGCCCUCACCUGCGUGCUGCGGUGCUUCCCCUGCGAGCCGUCCUGGGCCGGCAGCCCGUUCCUGCACCGCCCCCCCACCCCGCCCGUGGUCAGGAUGACGCGCUCCAAGACCUUCCAGGCCUACCUGCCCAGCUGCCACCGCACCUACAGCUGCAUCCACUGCCGCGCCCACCUGGCCAAUCACGACGAGCUCAUCUCCAAGUCUUUUCAAGGGAGCCAAGGCAGAGCGUACCUCUUCAACUCCGUGGUGAACGUGGGAUGCGGUCCAGCUGAAGAAAGGGUUCUGUUGACGGGGCUGCACGCCGUCGCCGACAUCUACUGUGAAAACUGUAAAACCACGCUGGGGUGGAAAUACGAGCACGCCUUUGAGAGCAGCCAGAAGUACAAGGAGGGGAAGUUCAUCAUCGAGCUGGCCCACAUGAUCAAGGACAACGGCUGGGACUGAGCAAAGGAUGCCUGGACAGGGGUGCGAGGAGGAGGAGG